GUCUUGCACCUCGUCGAGGUAUGUGCUGCGCCACAUCGCUGCGCCACAUCGCUGCGCCACAUCGCUGCGCCACAUCGCUGCGCCACAUCGCUGCGCCACAUCGCUGCGCCACAUCGCUGCGCCACAUCGCUGCGCCACAUCGCUGCACCACAUCGCUGCACCACAUCGCUGCGCCACAUCGCUGCACCACAUCGCUGCGCCAGAUCGCUGCGCCAGAUCGCUGCGCCACAUCGCUGCGCCACAUCGCUGCGCCACAUCGCUGCGCCACAUCGCUGCGCCACAUCGCUGCGCCACAUCGCUGCGCCACAUCGCUGCGCCACAUCGCUGCGCCACAUCGCUGCGCCACAUCGCUGCGCCACAUCGCUGCUCCACAUCGCUGCACCACAUCGCUGCACCACAUCGCUGCACCACAUCGCUGCGCCACAUCGCUGCGCCACAUCGCUGCGCCACAUCGCUGCGCCACAUCGCUGCUCCACAUCGCUGCACCACAUCGCUGCACCACAUCGCUGCACCACAUCGCUGCACCACAUCGCUGCACCACAUCAUGUCAGCUCCUUACCUCCAUCCGCGCCGCGCACCGCUCUGCGUGCCCUCUGCCUGCCCUACACAAGUCGGCUGGUUGCCACCCACGCCACGCUUUCAUCUCUCCCCUCAUCUCCCUUCUCCCAAGCACUCAUCCCGCCACCUGGCACGCAUGUUCCCACUCGUCGGGCCCACCUUAUUUCUUGUGUCCUGCCCCCUGCCCCAACCCCCAGUGCAGCACAGCCUCGUGUAAAACCCUGCCGUGUUGUGCCUGCCUCUCUCAUUUCGUCCGCCCUUCUCCUUAUCCCCCCCGCACUCUUCUUCUCCCCACACCAGGGCCGCAUAGACUCAUCGGGGAGGCUUGCGUGUUCGUACCACGGGUGGGCGUUUGCAGGCAGUGGCGCGUGCCACCUCAUCCCCCAGGCGCCGCAAGACAACCCGCCCCACCCGCCCCGCGCGCUCGCCUCCCCCCGCGCCUGCGCCACCGCCUUCCCCACCAGGGAGCUCCAUGGCAUUCUCUUCGUUUGGCCCGACAGCGCAUCUGCAGAGCAGGCGGAGCGCACAGCCAUCCCCGAGCCCGAGGGCGUGGAGUGGGAUGCGUUUGACAUGAUGGUGCACGCGCGGCGCCUCAACUACAGCUACGAGAUCAUGGCGGAGAACUUUGCCGACCCCGCGCACAUCUUCUUCGCCCACCACGGCUUCGGCCCGCUGCACUCACCAGGGCGCGCCCAUGAAGGAGAUCAGCUUGCAGUUUCUGGUGAGACGAGCGUGCGACGCGUGACCAAGGACGGCUUUCAAGGCACCUUUCACGAUGCUGUCUCGCCUGCCACCUUCACAUUCAGCGCCCCCUCGUUCGUCUGCUACAACCGCACCCUCCCUGCACCGCCGGCGGCAACAUCGGCAGCGGCGGCAGCGGGAGAAGCUCCCCCGGUGCCUACAACAGCACUCGCCUGCCUGUACAUGACGCCCAUGCGCCCGGGGGAGUGCCUGCAGGGUAACAACGAGGGCGUGGAGAAGGGCAACAAGGGGGCGGCACCGAGAAGGAAGACGGCGUGGGGGGAGCAGUUUGCAUCGCAGAGGUGGCGCGCGCACCUCUUCACUCACUCUCUCUUUGACAGCGACCACUACUUGCUGCACUGUCAGGACAUCCUCCUGAGCCACAAGAUCGAAUCCAUUGCCGCCCGGCAUCAUGCUGCUGCCGUGGCCAGGGCAGGGCCAGGCGGAAUGGCAGAGCAGGAGCAGGCGGAGGCGGAGCGGGCUGCAAGGAGGGCGGGCAGCCGCUUCUGGCAGUCGGAGUACUUCCUGCCCGCCCCGGCUGACCUCUUCGUGGUGGCCUUCCGCCAGUGGAUGGGCACUUAUGCUGGUAUGCUCAUGCCAUGGAUGGGCGUGCAUGCAGGUAGGGUGGGUGUGCACAUGGCUUGUGAUGGAUGUGUGUCUGCCGUGCUGCCAUGCACCCUCCAUGGCAAGAUAGAGUGUGCUCUACCCUCCAAACUCCGCCCAUUCUUCACCUCCUUCUCCGUUUGGCCAAAUCAUCUCUUCACGCACACCGUCAGCACACAGCAAGCACGCCCUAAGUAUGCCUCUGCCUUCUCCCCAUCCCCCCCAACAGACGGCGCUGUGAGUUUCCCCCCGGGCUACUCCAUGCCCCCACAGCCACUCCCCAAGGAGCAGGUGUUGGACCGCAUGGCCUCCCACACGGCGCACUGCACCUCCUGCUCCUCCGCCCUCGCCUCCCUGCAGCGCGCACACCCGAUGCUGCCCGCACUCUCCCUGCUCGCCGCCGCUGCUGCUGUUGCUGUCCCCCUUGGGUUCUCUUCCGCCUCUAUUAUGUUUCCUCUUGUCCUGUUGCUGAUGUCAGCAGCUCUGGCAGUGGCUGCCUGGAAGGUUCACCAACUUAUCCCACAGUUCAUCUAUGUGGGUUGGGAUCAUUCCAAGACCUAA